AUGGGCAGCAACAACGUCAGUAACUUCGAAGAGUCCCUGAAAAACAUCUUCUCCGGCGUUGGCUUCGACAGCAGCGCUUUGGGAGGAUUGGACUUAGAUUACAACCGCCUGGGAUGGGUUAACAGUACGUGGUGGCUGGAACCGCUCUAUAAUAAUGCCAGCGCCACUCUUGAAAGCAUCGAGAAGACCGUGGCGGGCGUGGCCAUGGCGAUGACAAACCGGAUACGGAUGGGUGGAACGAACUACUGGCGGCAACGUUCAGUUCCUGCUCUGGGCGCUAUUCACCAAACGACAACUUGCGUUCGGUUUGACUGGAAGUGGCUUCUGCUCCCCGCGCUCCUCGUUGCCUUGAGCAUUCUGCUGCUGUGCGCGACCAUCGUGCAGACCGUACAGCAUGCGCGCCAACAGGUAUGGAAGUCUUCCCCGCUUCCACUACUAUUUCAUGGCUUGAGCUCUGAUGUCAGGCAGGGCUGCGAGCGGGUGCCGCGGCUUGAUGAGAUGAAUGUAGUUGCGGAGGAGACAAGAGUUCGCCUGAGAAGAAUCGAGAAUGGUUAA